ACACCAACACUGCCCACUCGUCGAGCCAUCAUCACCCGACCGCCCCCCACGAAUCGGCUGCGAAAUCCCUCGCCCCUUUGCGACAACCCUCACCCUAUCAAGACUCGUUGAAUUCCGCUGCCUGGACGCCGUGACUAGGCAUCCGCUUCGACAAAUACUUGUCAAACCGACCACCAACCCAAGUUUUGAACCGGCUUCACUCCCUUUCAUUUCAAGAUGGAGCUCUCCGACGCCUUCCGCAUCGUCAACCUCGUCACUGCGACCAUUAUGGUCCUGGGCGGCAUUGCUCAAUUCUUCAACUUCAGCUUCCAGGGCAUCAUCGUUGGUGUCUACGUCAUCAUCUUCGGCCUUUGCACGGCUCUUCUUGAAUUCCGGGUUCCCCCGCAAGUCUCGCGCUAUGCCUCUUUCCUCUUCUCCUUCCUAGGCCGUGGUGUCUUCUACAUCUUCAUUGGCUCCAUCCUCCUCAGCGAUAACGUCCUGCGCAUCAUCGCCGGCUCUAUCGUCGGCAUUAUCGGCGUCUCUUACGUCGUUCUCGAGUUCAUCCCCCAGAUCGAGCCACCCGCCAACAUGCGCGAAGCCGACGCUGGUUGGGGAGCCGAGCAGGUAUAUUAAACGGACACAACUGAGGGGGGUGGUCCGCAUCGUCUGGUCUCUUCGGAGACCCGUCGGCGCGUACCUCGCCAACAAAAUCAGUUGUCAAAGUUACUUUGUCCGCGACGGUGAGUCAACGUGUCGGGGCCGCCUUGUGUAUAUCACGGAUUAGGAAUGGGGUCUUCCGGCGGAAGAGGGUAUCAGUGUAGGAAGGACCUCCAAAAACUGGCGGCCAUGGGCGUAAUCAAGUCGCUUUCUGCUGGCUGUAUGAUUUUCUGUAUUGAAAGAAGUGGCCUCCUAGUGGUGAGGCUUGGGCAGACGGGAACUGCCGGUGUUGCGGCGUGCAUUGUUAGUCGCAUAUCACACGCGGCGAGAGUGCUACGCGAGCUUCGUAUGAUAUUGAGAUCGUGUAAAUCAACGCUAUGACUUUC